CAGUACCAGCAAAGUAUUACGUUAGAAUCUAAAAAGUCACUGGCCAAAAGAAUGUUUAGUAUCCUGCUGGUGUUCAUAACCGGUCUGGCACUGUCUUUGACAGUCAACAGCGACUACAUUGCGUACAGUACCCCGCCAGGUCAACCGGAUGGCUUCACGCCGUACGUCCUUAUCGAACAACCCAUCUCGGGUGGUAGAGGCAACCAUGACCGAUUUGGAUAUAAUAUGGACGCGAACGAGCAAAUGGCCAAUGAUGAGCUCAAGCCGGGGGAGGUCAGGUGCCCUGUGGACGGCGAUCCUCACUGUCGGGACUGCGUGGCGGGGCAUUGGGACGAUAAUCUUGUGCUGACGCAGUGCUGCUUCUCGCAUCACUGGGCCUGGAAGAAUAACCGCAACCUCCGCGACAUUCUUCCAUACCGCUUCCAUUUGUCACCCGUAAACCAGACUGAACCUUAUCGCGACCGAUACGCGACCGCUGGCGAAAUAUGGCACGUGGAUGUGUGCACGAAUGAGCCCAUUGCGACCCUUCCAGAGGGAGGCUACAUCCCGUGCCGCCGGCGCAGCGCUUGUCCAGACGUUAGAGCAGAUGGUACCAUAAAUGAAGAUAGUUUAUUCUGGCAACCAUAAACUGACGUCUGUACGUCGGCACCCGGUAACCACGGUUACUGGCCAGACAGACUUUGUGCACACUACUUUUAUAACUGCGGCAAGUUACUGUAUAUUGCAUUAGUUUUCGAUGUAACAACUUUA